UGUCUAAAAGUGUCUUAUCUAAGGUUAUAUAAACAUGUAUCCAUUACCUUCAUAAACAAACAAUGUUGUGCUUGCAAGAUGUUAUAACACCAUAUAUAUAAUGAAAUGGGAGCUCAUUUGGAAUGCAUUAUGUUUUUCUUCAAACCGAUCUUACUUUUUCAUGUAGCAGUUUUUGUAUUCGACGACCCGAUUAUUGUUUUUGCGGAUUACACAUGCUACUGCUCCUAUGAGAACCAGCAGGAUGUGUUUGACAAUCUAAAUACAACUGGACUUCCGAUUGGAUUUAUUCACCUGGGCGACUGCCUACCUCAGAAUAAUCUGAGUACGGACAACAACUCGUCAUUGCCAGUAGACUUCAAUGGUGAGAUUGGAUUUAUGAAAGACGGACCGAAUGUUAUAUUAUCCACCUGUCUUGGUUAUCCUCCGCCAGCUGUAAUAAAAGCCGAUGUUACCAAUACACCACUAAGGUUUUUGGGUAUAGGGUACAAUUUGUUAACCGGCAAUCCGACAAGUUCACCUGACACUGGUCUUCUCAUGGACAAAAGAAUCCUGACGUUUACAAGCAUAGCAUCACAGAUCAGGGAAGCCAGCGUAUCGAUGAGCGCGUCAUGCACGCGCACUGUUUCCCACUAUCUCGUGCAUGGUUCCCGGUCUCUGCAGGAGGAACUUAAAACACAAGUACACGCAUCUGUCUCACAUCCAACACGGAUUAUUGACAACGCAUUUAUCUUCAAUCGGGAUAUUCAUUCUCUAAAAGCCAAUCUAGAAAGCGGUCAGAUCAUCUACCAUGACGCCAUUAGCAAAUGCAGGAGUGGGGCGGCUUACUUUCAUGGCAACCUCCAAGCUCAUGGAAACAUUUUCAGUAUUUCUGAUGAAUUCGUCAAGGCGUUCUGCCAUCUUCCCUUUGAUAAUAGUUCAGCGUCUCCCUUCAUGCAAUUCUUUGAAGACUGGGGCACAGUAAGCAUCAACAAUAUUCACAUAUCAAGUGUUGUGAUGUCUGCAGAGUUUGGCACAUUAUCAUUGUCUCGUUUCGGAGAAAGCUUGGCAGAAUUGUUUCAACGUGUACAUUCAAGGGACCAAAGUCUGCUAGUACACAGUGGCUGGUACAACGGUUAUUCCUCCUCGUACGUAUUCGACUCCAGUAGAUACAAUGCAAGUGCGGCCAUGCAUGAGCACCUUCCGCAACAUGUUGCUAUGGAAACUGGUUCAACUUCUGAUCCUGCACCAAUUGCGUUCACCAUCGUACCUAUAACGGACGUUAUAAGCUCAGACUAUUUCUUAAAGGCUCUGGAUAAGUUAUUAGCUCAACAAAUAUGUCGUGGGGAAAUAUUUACAAGAGGAAAAGACGUAAUAACAAGAGUGGCGUCAGAUAUGCUGGAGACAUACUCGGAAUACAAACUGCAAACUACACAAUAUAGCAACGCUCGUACAGACUUCACCUUGCAAGUGCCGGUCACGUGGCCAACAGGGACUUACGGUAUGAUGAAGACUUCCUCUGGAUGUCCGACAGGGGGUGCCGCGUGGCAGUCGGGCUGGAGGUACCAAGAUACCGAGGACCAAAGCCCGUCAAACCAAUACACGGCCGGGAUUGAAGGAUACCUCGCUGGUUCAUUUGCUAACAAUAACUUGCGAACGGAGUUCUGCAUGAAAACGCAAGCGCACUUUACCGAUUUUGACGUGAAUUGGCCAAGUGGAACAUAUUGCAUCUUGAAACAAGGAAGCUGUCCUCCGGGGUUUCAGAUCGGUUAUCUUUAUUGGGAUGAUGAUGACGACAGCAACAAAGACGGCGCUGGGGGAACACUUCCUGACGGCAGCUACACAGAAAAUACAGGCAUUUACUACUGCGGCAGAAACGAUGGUUCCCCAUAUUCGUCGAUUACGCUACCUACGGACCGACCAUUCGUGCUUGUUCGUUACGGAGACACGUGUCAGGCCGUGCACGGGAUGCACGUGCGGGAACUUUUCUUGAGAUGGGACGACGAAGACACCAACAACCAAGACAGUGGUUGGGGAAUACGUCCGUUUGAUGACGGCGGUGGCAACAAUCACGCACUGCGAUUUUGUUACUACUACAGCUAUUAAAUAUGUCAUCAAAUUAAAAUGUGACUUCAAGAACACAAUGUAAAUAUAAAUCAUAGCGAAUUAAUACAUUUGAAAAGUAAAUAAGCGUUAUGUAUUUUUGUCAAUAAAUUGUGUCGAUGGUG